CUGGUCAAGUCCAACAUGGAGAAGCUCACCUUCUACGCGCUCUCGGCCCCGGAGAAACUCGACCGCAUCGGGGCCUACCUGUCCGAGCGCCUGACGCGCGACGUGGGCCGCCAUCGAUACGGCUCGGUCUGCAUCGCCAUGGAGGCUCUGGACCAGCUGCUCAUGGCGUGCCAUUGCCAGAGCAUCAACCUCUUCGUCGAGAGCUUCCUCAAGAUGGUGGCCAAGCUCCUGGAGUCGGAAAAACCCAACCUUCAAAUCCUGGGAACCAACUCCUUCGUGAAGUUUGCCAACAUCGAGGAGGACACGCCCUCGUACCACCGCAGCUACGACUUCUUCGUGUCGCGCUUCAGCGAGAUGUGCCACUCCGGGCACGGCGACCCCGACGUGCGCGACAGGAUCCGGAUGGCCGGGAUCAAGGGGCUGCAGGGCGUGGUUCGGAAAACGGUGAACGACGAGCUCCAGGCGAACAUUUGGGAUCCGCAGCACAUGGAUAAAAUCGUCCCCUCCCUCCUCUUCAACCUGCAGCAGGCGGAAAACACGGAAAGCCGCUCCCCGUCGCCGCUGCAGGCCUCGGAGAAGGAGCAGGAGAAUCCCUGGGAAUUGGCCGAGCGCUGCCUCCGGGAAUUGUUGGGAAGAGCGGCCUUCGGGAAUAUCAAGAACGCCAUCAAGCCCGUGCUCGUCCACCUGGACAACCACUCCCUGUGGGAGCCGCAGGUCUUUGCCCGCAGCUGCUUCCGGAUCAUCAUGUUCUCCAUCCAGCCCCAGCAUUCCCACCUGGUGAUCCAGCAGCUCCUGGGUCACCUGGACGCCAACAGCCGGAGCGCGGCUCCGAUCCGCGCCGGGAUCGUCGGGGUGCUCUCGGAAGCGGCCGGGAUCGCCGCCUCCGGAUCCGUGGGCCCCACGGUGCUGGAGGUGUUCAACACGCUCCUGCGGCAGCUGCGCCUCAGCAUCGACCUCGCCCUCUGCGACUCCGGGAAGGAUUCCCGGAAUUCCCGGGAGAGCCAGGAGAGGAUGUUCCAGGAGGCCGUCAUCAAAACCAUCGGCUCCUUCUCGGGGACGCUGCCCCCGUACCAGCAGUCGGAGGUGAUGAUUUUCAUCGUCAACAAAAUUCCCAUUCCCGAGGAUUCCCGGAAUUCCCCGGAGCCGCCCUCGGCAGCCGCGUCCGACGGGGCGGAGCGCAGGCGCCGCACUCAGCUCAUGCUCCUGAGGUCCCUGCUCCAGGUGUCCGCGGGGUUCCGCUGCUCGCAGGCUCUGAGCGCUCUGCCCAGCGCGUUCCUGGAGCGGCUGCUGGCGGCGGCGCUGCUGCGGGAGCCGCAGGUGGCGGCGCUGGUGCUGGACAUCCUGAGCAGCUGCAUCGACCGCCGCGGGCACCGGCACAGCCUCUGCCCCGCCGGCUCCAUGGGUGACAUCUCAGCGCUGAAGAUGGAGAAAUGUUCCCGCCAGGAUUCCCUCUUCAUGAAAAAGCACGGCUCGCAGCUGUUCCGCCUGCUCUUCCUGCUGGCGCAGCACGGACACAAUUCCCUGCUGCACUUCCGGGCCCUCUUCCGCCUGCUCGCCCUGCUGGCCCUGGAGCUCGCCACCGAUGACGUCAUCGUCGACCUCGUGCGCCUCGCGCUCGCCCUGCAGGCUCUGGGGCAGGAGGGGUCGUCUCUUCCCGCGCGGAAUCGCUGCGCGCUGCUGGGGCUGAGCGCGGCGUUCGUGGCGCUGCUGGGUCGGCUGCUCGGCGUCGUCGGGUUGGUGCAGCACGUGCAAGAGGUGAUGCAGGCCCGGCAGGAGUCGGCUCCGUUCCUGCUGCCCCAGGAGGCUUUCGGGGACAGCCCCCGACCCAAUCCCAACCUGGACCAGCUGGGGCCGGAAGUUUUCCUGGCACAAAACAAAAUCAGCGAAAUCCUCGGAGGGAGCGGCUACAGCGCCGAGAGGAUCAGCGCUCCCUACGAGCCCCAGAGCUCCGACGAGGAUCGUUUAUCCAAGAGGAAAAGCAUCGGAGAAACGAUUUCCCUGCAGGUGGAGAUGGAAUCCCGGAACAGCCCCGAGCGCGAGCAGAGGGCCCCGGCUGAGGAGAUCACGUACGAGACGCUGAAAAAAGCCAUCGUGGACAGCGUGGCCGUGGAGGAGCAGGAGCGCGAGCGCCGGCGCCAGGUGGUGGAAAAAUUCCAGACGGCUCCGUUCGAGGAGAUCGCCGCUCACUGCGGGGCGCGGGCCACGCUGCUGCAGAGCAAACUGAACCAGAUCUUCGAGAUCAACAUCCGGCCGCCUCCGAGUCCCUCCGGCACCGUCUCGGAAGAGGCACAGGAGGAGUUCGGGGAAUGA